AUGCCGACGGCGCAGACUGCUGUGAUGCAGGAAAGGACGGCGUUGCCACGCAUGGUGCGGACCCUCGCUGUUGCUUUGUUCAUCAACAACCAUGUUGAUCAAGGCCAGGUGUUGUAUCAAGCUGCUUCUAAGGGUACGUACAACUUGGACAGAGAGAUGCUCGAAGACGGCGCCGAAGUCGAUUGGAAAUCUCAGGGCGGCGCCACGCCACUGUACGCGGCUGCAAUGAACGGACACACGAACGUAGUCAUGUUGUGGGUGCUGUAUGGCGCCGACUUGAAUGCAAAGACCAAGUGA